CAUACCGACAUCGAUAGCCUUACGGAGUUGUCGCCGCGGAUAGUGAGUGUGUCCAUAACUGUCGCUUUGUCGACGGUAAAAACAGACGCUCGACGCGGUUGACGAAAGAGUAGAGGCAAGGGAGCGACAUGGCUGACGACAACUUGGCGCCGCGCGCCUCCAACGAUCUCAACAUGUCGUACGAGUCGGUACGAACCUCCGGUCUUGGAUCCAGCUCCACCGACGACGACGCAACAGGCUUCGAGAACGAAGACCACCCGACACUCUCAUCGGCGGACUGGAAAAAUGAGCUGCCGAACGUGUGCGGCGGUGACAACUGUAAGAAAAAUCCGCGUCUCAGUUUAAGUUAUUCGAUGGACUCGGUCGGGGACCUCAAGUCGGACACGGUGUACAGCAUCACCAAAACGGCCACCUUCUCGCCUUCCAUCUCGAGCACAAUUGGCACAAUACGGUCGGACAAGAAAAGGCUGAGCAGGCGCACUGCUGGCAAACAGAACACGGAAAUGCUCUGGGACAACCUCACGACCCUCCUCAGCUACAUCUACGCGGCCUUUGUGGUCGUCUUUGCGGCCGUCGUCACUGUACUGAGGCCCCACAUCUACGUCGGACUCCACAGGAUCGAGAUCAACGAUGUGUUCUUCACGACGAUCUGCUUCGUGGGGCUCGCGUGGCUGGCCUUCCUGCACGUGGACCUGAGUCGCCUCGAGAGACGGGCCGUAAAGGAGCGGGACCGGGAAAAGCGGGACACGGACAUCCCCAUGUCCGACUACGUGUCCGAGUGGAGCGAAGACCAGGGCCGCCCCGUCACCGGCUACAGCUACCUGACAGGACGACACAGCGGCAGCUUCUACCUCAAGGUCGGGAUGACCGUGUUCUGCUGUGGCCACCUGAUUCACGAAGGCCUGCUACUGGGCAAAGAGGUCAUCGGCUGGAUGCACGGCGGCGAAAUCUGCGCUGACAUCUCCCUGCUCGUGGUGCACGUCGUGCGACCGAUCUUCUCAUUCUACCAGCUAUACUUCCUCUUCAAAUACUCCAACAUCGUCAUCAACAGGUGGGUGGUGAUGGCCAAGUUUGGCAUCAUGCACUGCUUCGCAACCACCUUGAGCUACUGGUUUCGGACUAUUGUAGACGACGCUUACGGUGACGUUAUCAAGGCCAACAAACACCAAGGUCCUUACUGGCUGCCACCCGCUGAGAGUGAACGUUUCUCAGACCAACCCGACAACCUGACCAACCUGAGCUGCGCCACAGCCGAUCUCUUCUCGCCCGCCUACCUGGCACCGAUGCAGUACCUCUACCCGUUCACCAUCGAGUUCGACCUCUUGCUGGCGGGCGUCUGGUUCAUCGUUCUCCAAAACCUCGGCAAACACGGCCUCAAGAACAGCCACAAACGCUACAGGUCUUCGGAGGAGACAACCGAAAAGAACUUGGUCAUCAGCGUCGACUGCCACUCGGCAAACCGCGGCAUCUUCGCCGGCAUUGUAGUACUCCUCGCUUCCAUCGUGGUCAUGGUGGUCUUCUACGUGACUGUCCUCAGCGAAGAACAUAACCACACGGGGGUCAUCGUGUACUUGGUGCAAGAGGGCGUCUUGCUGUCUCUGGCCUUCGUGGCGAGCCUCCUGGCCUACGCCCGGAUCGUGGUCUUGGACAUCAACAGUCACCCCAUCACGUUCCUGGAUGAUUUCCUGCUGUGCAUUCCCUUGCCCUUCUACUUCCUCCAUGGCAUGCUGGUGGUCAUAGCCAACCUUCAAACUGGAGGCUCCUGGGCUCGAAUCCUGCUUCAGAUCUUCUCGGUGAUCCAGGUGGUCGUGCAGACACCGCUCAUCAUCGACGGUCUACGGCGCUGCAGCAACUCCCACGUGCUCCGCUACAAGAAGCCCGGCAGGGAGGUGGUGUCCUUCCUCAUCGUCAUCAACAUCACCAUGUGGAUCGUGUACACGUUCGAGCGAAAGAUGGCCGUCAGGUUCUUCAUGGGCAUCCGCUACUACGGACUCCACGCCUGGGUCUUCGUGGAGCACACCACGAUACCGCUCAUGCUCUUCUACAGAUUCCACUCUUCCGUUUGCCUGGCGGACAUGUGGAAGUCCGCCUACGAAGCCGAGUGAACAUCAAAUUCAGCUCCCCCCCCCCCCUCUUCCCACAUCCAAGCAACCCUAUAUUAUACACAUGCAUUUCCAUUUCCCCUCCCCCUCCACCGCAUCCCAAGGCAUGGACAUCUCAACGCCUCCCUCCCUCCCCCUCUUUACCGAAACAAAUCCCUGGCUGCGCCAUUGGUGAACACCGUCCAGCGCUCGUGUGUGUGGCGACGUUCUUCGGAUUUCGUAAACGGUUCACGGUGGAUGCUGAACGACGUCAUCGGUGAAGAGAGACACUGUGCGUGUAGGACUGACGUCUUCGUGGCAUCUUCACAAUCAGACUUGACGUUUUCGUCAUCGCCACGCGGUGCAAAGAGCUUCAUGACUUUUGCCUGUUUGUUUGUUGUUGUCGUUGUAGUUCUUAAAGUGUCAGUACACAUGGUGGUUUAUUUGCCGCGUUGGCGAUUAAAUUCGUAACUAACAGGUAAAUGCCGUCGGUUUGUUGGUUUGUAUUUUCACUCAAACACGUAAUUAUGGUGAGACUUUCUUUUUAGGUGCUAGCGUGCGCGAUUAUGAAGGUCAGAACUUAGAAAUAAAAAUUGGCACAGACUUUUAUCUUCCAGUCCUAUAAUGCGUGACAUAUACUAUUUAACGAGCAAUCGUUUUAAUUUGUUUAAAAUACAUUAAAAGUCGUUUCGGGAAGCGUAAAACGUAUAUUUUUAUCGUGUUAGCGAGUAAACUGUCUUGGCGCAUAGGUCACGUGACGUCGGUCACGUGACGUCAGGUCACGUGACGUCAAUUGUCCCGUCUUUUGAUCG